GCGAAUAAACUUUAAUGACGAUUUUUGUAAUAUAUCACUCAAGAAUCUUUCUCUCCUUUUCGUUCAUCUCAUUCUCCAUUGUUGCUUCAAAGACCAGGAAGCUCCUCUCCCUUCUUGCCCCUUCGAAAAACCCAGAAAAGAAAAAAACUGAGAAAAGCAUCCUCUGCAAAUCUCGGCACGUGGGUUUCAGUUCUAGCAUCCUUGGUGACCCAUUGAAAGUUUUGGAUUUUUUUGGCUUGUUUUGGUCUUUGAAGGCAGAAAGAACAAGAAAUGGGGAUUGAUUUUGCAGGAGCUGCUGUGGGAACAGCAUUCAGCGAGGUGUUCACAGCCGUUAAGACCGUAGUGAAAACCAUUAGGGCGUUUGGUUCCGAGCUCAAGAAGAUCGAAUCCACCUUGAGAAAAAUAGAACCAAUCAUCAAGGAAUGGGAUGAGUACAACAAACGGCUGGACCGUAGUCCAGAAGAGACGGUUCCAAUCAAGAACCUAUUUGUUGGAGGCAAAAGACUGGUCGAGAAAUGCUCGAGGAUCCACCCACUAAACUUUUGCAAGAAGUAUACUCACUCGAAAGACCUGACCCAGUUCGAUGCGGCAGUCCUAAGAGAGUUCCAAAUUUACUUGCCGCUGGUGAAUGUGAUUACUGGCAAGCAGACAUUGGCGGAGAUGGAGGACUUCAGGGAAGAGGUGAAUGAGCAAUUCAAGCAGUUGGUCCAUUUGGUUCAAGCGAAGGGCGGGCCGCUCCAGAGCAGGCUCAGGUCUUCGGUCAACCUCGCAGCCCCUGAGGCGCCCGAUUUCAUUGUCGGGCUGGAGAUGAAGGCGUCCUUGAGGGAGCUCAAGGAGCGGUUGCUGGAGGAGGGAGUGUCUGUGAUUGUUGUGACCGCUCCACCCGGGUGCGGGAAGACCACUCUGAUUAAGAAAUUGUGUCAUGACACGGACAUUGAAGGCAAAUUCAAAGAAAACAUCAUGUUUGUCCCCGUAUCGAAGAAGCCCAACCUGACAGACAUUGUCCAGAAAAUGAUUCAACAUAAGGGUGGUUUCGAGGUACCUGUGAUUGAAACAGAAGAUGAGGCAGUCCAGUACUUGCAGCAAUUGCUCAAUGAAAUUGGACAAACUCCUGUGUUGCUUGUGCUGGACGAUGUCUGGACUGAAUGGGAGAACGUCCUUGAGAAAUUUGUCUUCAAGAAGAUUAAAGAUUACAAGAUUGUGGUGACAUCAAGAUAUGAGUUUCCUCGUUAUCGUCCUGUGCAUCGACUGAACCCACUGACUCAUAGCGAAGCCCUGGAACUUUUUCGUAAAUCUGUUACUGUCGAUGAUAAAAGCAUAGAUGCACCAGAUGAUGAGCUCUUGGAUGAGAUGGUGAAACACUGUAGGCAAUUGCCAUUGGUUAUUACGGUCGUUGCCAAGUCCCUCCGAGGAAAGGACUAUAUAUUCUGGAAAAGAAAGUUUCGUGAAUGGUCUGAAGGUCAUUCCCUUUUUGAUUCGGACACUGACAUUCUAGCUUGCCUCAAGAAGAGCUUGGACUAUAUGGAUGGUGACCCUUGGCUCAAGGAACGUUUCAUGGACCUUGGCUCAUUUCCAGAGGAUAGCAAGAUCCCCGCCACUGCCCUUAUUGACAUAUGGGUGGAAUUGUACAAGCUAGAUUUCGAUGGCGUGCGUGCCAUGACUGACCUCCAUGAACUCGUUUCUAGGAAUCUAGCUGAUCUCGUAGUCACCAGGAGAGAUUCAAGUGAUGACCAAGAAUCUUACAGCGGCCACUAUGCCCAGCAGCACGAUCUGCUCAGAGAGCUGGCUAUCAUGGAGUGCAACAAGGGGGAAAUAGGGGAGAGACAGAGACUCAUCCUAGAGUUGAAUGGAAAUAAAUUUCCCGACUGGUGGAGCGAGCAAAAGCAACAGCCUCUCGGUGCUCGUCUAGUGUCCAUCUCAACAGAUAAAACAUUUUCAACACCCUGGCCAAAUCUUGAAUUGCCUAAAGCUGAGGCUCUUGUCUUGAACUUCCAGAACGACAUGCAAUCCAAAACUUAUGCUUUGCCUGAAUUCAUUGAGAAGGCAAAUCAACUCAAGACACUGAUAGUAACAAACUACAGUUUCUUUCCGGCUGAGCUGCGCAAUUUCCACGUCAUUGGGUCCAAUUUAACGAGGAUCAGGCUCCAGCGUGUCACGGUUCCUUUCCUGGGCAUGGGAAACCUACGCUUGCGUAGUCUGAAAAAGAUAUCCUUUUUCAUGUGCGACAUCAGUCAGACUUCGACGUCGAACGACGCCAAAAUCUCCGAUGCAAUGCCAAACUUAGUUGAGCUCGACAUUGACUAUUGCAAUGAUCUUGUAACAUUACCCGAUGGCAUCUGUGAGAUAAAGCCUCUGAAGAAGCUUAGCAUCACAAACUGCCAUAAUUUCUCUGCUCUCCCCAAACAGAUUGGGCAAUCGGCAUCCCUCGAAGUGGUCAGGCUUAAUUGCUGCACAAGCGUGUCGCAGUUGCCGGAAUCGAUUGGAAACCUCCAAGAAUUGAUAUCUCUCAAUAUAUCUGAUUGCCUGAACUUAAGCACUUUGCCCAAUCAAAUUGGUCAACUGGUUAAUCUCAAGAGGAUGAACGUGAGAGGAUGUUCGAGUUUGUCCGAGCUGCCACGGUCGAUCGUGAACCUGAGGAACCUGAGGAAGGUGGUUUGUGACAAAGGAAAGGAAGUCAUGUGGGAGCCUCUAAAGAGCAGUCUCUAUAGCUUGAAUAUAAUAACGUCUGAAGAAGAGGCCAACUUAGAUUGGUUGCGUGAUUAAGAAGAGAGGGCGAUCAACUGAUGAUUCAUCGACUUUUUCUCCAUGUCAAAUGCUGUCUUUGAACUGUUUUUUACGCUUUCGUUUUAUGCGGACGGCUGAGGCAUUGUUGACUGGACCAAAUAAUUGAUGAGUGGCGCCACGUCAUUUUUUUAAUGUUUCCUAGUCAGAAUUUUGUUUUCUUUUA